AUGCCUGUGGCUAUGUCUAUGGCUAUGCCUACGGCUAUGCCUAUGGCUAUGCCUAUGGCUAUGCCUAUGGCUAUGCCUAUGGCUAUGCCUAUGGCUAUGCCUAUGGCUAUGCCUAUGGCUAUGCCUAUGGCUAUGCCUAUGGCUAUGCCUAUGGCUAUGCCUAUGGCUAUUCCUAUGGCUAUGCCUAUGGCUAUUCCUAUGGCUAUGCCUAUGGCUAUGCCUAUGGCUAUGCCUAUGGCUAUGCCUAUGGCUAUGCCUAUGGCUAUGCCUAUGGCUAUUCCUGUGGCUAUGCCUAUGGCUAUGCCUAUGGCUAUGCCUGUGGCUAUGCCUAUGGCUAUGCCUAUGGCUAUGCCUAUGGCUAUGCCUAUGGCUAUGCCUAUGGCUAUGCCUAUGGCUAUGCCUAUGGCUAUGCCUAUGGCUAUGCCUAUGGCUAUGCCUAUGGCUAUGCCUAUGGCUAUGCCUAUGGCCAUGUUUAUGGCUUAG